AUGGCGUGGUAUAUCCCGGCGCAGGAGGCGCUUCCCUCGGGCCGGUCGCGCCCGCCGCCCCCAGCCCGUCUCUUCCGUGGCGCUGAGAGAGGAGCAGGGGCGCGCCCGCCGCUCCCUCUCUUUGUGUGCGAGCGAGGCAGGGAGCGCGCGCGGGCGGGCCCGAGACACAGCGCGGAGGGCGCGGAGCAGCGUGAGGCCGGGGAGCGGCGCGGGUGGGCAGGCGGCGGUUCCGAGCGCGCCGCGGGGGCGGGAGAAGGUGGAGGGAAGGAGGCAGCAGGACCCCCGCCCCCAGGUAGGCUGGCUCGGAAAGUUUGGGGCGAGGUACCGGGGCGGCUCCGCUGCGCGCCCCGCAGGCCCCGCGGCGCAGAAGCGCCCCCGCGGGGAAGCCCCAACUUGGGGCCGAACCUUGCGGCUUCCCCCGUUCCGGGCGGCGCGGGGAGCCAGGGCCGCUCCGUCCUGCCCCGCCGCGCUGCGGGCGCGCGGUCCGGCCGGGCCCGGCCUCCCCCGGGCGGCAGGAAGGGCUGGCGCUGCCCUCCCCCCCGCCCGACCCGGCCUGGCCUGGCCCGGCCCGGCCCGGGACGGCCCUUGGCGGAGGGGCGGCAGCCGGAGGUGGCGGGCCGGCCGCCCGCCGCCGCAUCCCCCGCCAGAGCCGUCAGGUCGGUGCUCAAGGAGCAGCUGGGUCCGCGCGUCCCGGCCGACACAAUGGGCUUUAUCCCGCAGAGAGAUCUUGGGCUGCGAUUCCCACCCCGAGUUUCGGAUUCGUGUCACACGCCGGCGAGGCCCCGCGUUAAUGGAAACUCUCUGUGUCUCUGCAGAUGGCUUUCCGGAUACCGAGAUCCGCGCUGGGGAUAA